AAGAACAACUACCCCCCCCCCCCCCCCCCCCGGCGUCGCACAAACUUGCUUCAAAGAAUGGAUUUACGCUCCUAGCACUUUUUAAGAAAGUUCGGGGACUUCACCUGCAGAUGCAGCAAGAGCGCAGGGUUCAGGAUGAUCCCAGUGACUGAGUUCAGGAACUUUGCCUCAGAUCAGAAUCCCCGCUAUCGGGUUCUGAAGCCAUGGUGGGAUGUGUUUUCAGAGUACCUGUGCAUUUCCAUGCUCAUGAUUGGAGUCUUUGGAUGUACCUUACAGCUUACACAGGAGAAGAUCUCCUGCCUCCCCAGCCACUUGUCCAGCCCCACCCCUGAGGCCAUUGACUGUAGCUAUAUCCGUGGGUACCGGGAGAAUGAGACACAGGAGCACACUCACGUCGCACCCCAAAGCGCUAUAAUCCGCGAGGUAUCUGGACGCAAGAACAACCUGGAUAUUCACCAGUACGUGUUCGUCAAUCACUACUGCUACGAGCGGGCAGUCCACUGGUACGGCAAGUACUUCCCUUACCUGGUGGUCAUCCACACCAUGAUCUUCAUGGUGGCCAGCAGCUUCUGGUUCAAGUUCCCUGGGACAUCGUCCAAGAUCGAGCUCUUCGUCACCAUCCUCGGGAAGUGUUUCGACUCGCCCUGGACCACCCGAGCGCUCAGCGAGGUGUCGGAGGAGCGCGGCGAGGAGAACAUGGUCAUCUGGAGGAAGAACACCAUGUCAAAGUCACCCGACAAGUCGUUGACGGAGGAGGAGACAGUCGGGCUUCUUCAACGGUCUUCCUCGGUGAAAUCCAACCCAGAGAAGGUUAACCCGGAACCACAACCAGACGCUUCUCUGCUAGACAAGAAGGAAGGGGAGCAGGCCAAGGCUCUGUUUGAGAAGGUCAAGAAGUUCAGGACUCACGUGGAGGAGGCAGACCUCCUUUACUUGAUGUAUGUGCUUCAGACAUCCAUCAAGGUCUUCCAGUUUCUCUUGAUCACCAUCUAUAGCGCUGUCCUGGUGCCCAACAUCGAGAUAAUAGUUCAGUGCUUGGUUCCUCCAGAUUUGACUGGAUUUGAUAUCUUCUGCUGUAACCACAAUAAAGCCCAUAUCUUUUCCAAGCUAGCCUACUGCUAUAUCUGCUUUGUCGGUGUCUACGGACUUCUAUGCAUCUAUAAGCUCUAUUGGCUCUUUCAUCGACCCCUUAAGGAGUACUCUUUUGAACAUGUCAGACUAGAGACGGGCAUCAACGACAUUCCGGACGUGAAAAACGACUUUGCGUUCCUGUUGCACCUCAGCGAUCAAUAUGAUGCCCUUUACUCCAAACGCUUUGCCGUCUUUCUAUCAGAAGUCAGCGAAAGCCGGCUUCGCCAGGUCAACCUCAACCAUGAGUGGACUGCCAAGAAGCUCCGCACCCGUCUUGCCCGGAACGCGAGCAACCGUCUUGAACUCCACCUCUUAAUGCUACCGGGGCUUCCGGAAACUAUUUUCGAGGUUGCCGAGGUGGAAUCCCUGAAACUCGAACUCUUGACAAAUGUCACUAUUUCCUCCAAUGUGGUUCAGUUAGGUAAUCUCCAGGAGCUAGCGCUGAUCCAUUGUCCUGCUAAGCUCCAGUUAACCGCCCUGAACCACCUGAAGGAGCAACUGAAGGUUCUCCGACUGGCCAUUGAGAGUCUGGAGCAGGUGCCCAUGUGGAUGUACACCCUCCAGAGCCUGGAGGAGCUGCACCUGAGUGGACCCCUGACCAACGAGGUCUCCCGCAGCGCCUCGCUCGAUUCCCUCCGAGAGCUCAAAGCUCUUCGAGUCCUCACCUUCCGCAGCCACCUCAUCAAGAUCCCGCCCAGUGUGGCGGACGUGGCGUCGCAGCUCCACAAGCUCGCCAUCUACAACGAAGGCUGCAGACUCCAAGCCUUCAGCAGUCUAAAGAAACUGAACAACCUGGCCUCCUUGGAGCUGGUGGCCUGCGAGCUUGAGCGCAUCCCCAGCGCUGUAUUCAGCCUGUCCAGCCUGCAGGAGCUGGACCUGAGGGAGAACAAGCUGACCACCGUCGAGGAGAUCCUCAGCCUGCAGCAUUGCCGACGCCUCGUGACACUGCGCCUUUGGCACAACAGCAUCAGCUACAUACCCGAGCACAUCAGCAAGCUGCGCUCCCUCGAGGUGUUGGAUGUCAGCUGGAACAAGCUCUACAAGGUGCCCUCCAGGCUCUUCUACUGUACCAAGCUCAGGCACCUAGACCUCUCCCACAACCAGCUCACCUCCCUCCCCCCCGAAGUGGGCAUCCUCCAGAGCCUACAGUACCUCUCAGCGUCUUUUAACUCCCUAGAGUCCCUUCCGGAAGAACUCUUCUCCUGCAAAAGGCUUAAGACCUUGGCCUUGGGAAACAACCGCCUGCACUCUCUGAGUCCCAGGGUGGCCAACUUGGCCCAGCUUGUUCGCCUGGAGCUCAAAGGAAAUCGCCUGGAGUCUUUGCCCCAGGAGAUUGGAGACUGCCCAUUACUCAAGCUCAUUGCUGUGGUGGUUGAAGAAAACUUAGUUGAUUUGCUACCCUCAGAUAUACGAAGUAGGAUGACUAACAGUUGAGGGAUGGACAGGAUGGAUUGAAAGUGAAUGCUGACAUUGGGAGGUGUGUGGAAUACUGUGUUCCUCUUCUUGGUUUUUGAAGACUUCCAAACCAGAAGGACAAAUGGGAUGAAGCAACAUCAAAGACAUUUAUAGUAUGAGAGGAGAAGUGAAGAACUGUACUUAAGAAGGGCUUUCUUAAAUGCUUUUGGCACAUCAGCAGAACAAUCUUAAGCAAAAAAAAAACAUUGCAACCUCCGUUAACUAUAACACUUUGAUCAUUGUUAAAACAACACUACUGUCUGAGUUUUUCAAAUACGUGUGGUACAAUACACUGAAACAGAAUAUGUUUAACAGGCCUGACAACACAGGUCAUUAACCUUUUAUGAAAUCAAAAGGACAGAGUGACGUGGAGAGGAUCCCAGAUAUGGACACAGAAGUACAUUUGGAUUCAGUAUUGUCUUGUCCUCCUUAGCUAUGCCAUUUGUAAUAUUAGAGGAAUCCUAUUUCUGAGUGCCUUCUGGAUGGAUCAUUAUCAACUUCUAACAAAGGCUGUAAGACAAAACUAAAACAUGCUGUUGAACAGGUUUUUAGCUGAAUGCUAUCCAAAUAAUUAUCUUUGGUGUUCGACCACUUGACAUGUCUGUUAACUUAGGGUCAUUACUUUUAUUAGCAUGAAACUUGACUGCAACUUGACCAAAUUCGAAUUAGAGAAUAGUACAACAUUAGUGUGUCCUUUCUGUAGUAUUGCAUCACAUUAAUAACUGUGGCUUGUCACAGCUGACACGUCAAUCACAUAUUAAGCAAUACAGACUGAUAUCAUCACAUGAAACUUCCUUAUUCCUUUCUUUUUGCAGUGGCAUUGUUUUUUACUACCUCAUCUGCAAAGCAGUCAACCAGUGAUACUACAGACUAACUGAAAAGGGCUUGAUUUCAAGACAAUGCUUGCUACUACUACUAUCAGUAAUAAUGUUUUAGAACAAGAUGAGUCCAUUUGACAGUUUUUGAGGUCCAACUUUGUACUUUUCAACAGCAGUAGGAUCACUGUCGAUAGUGAUAAAGAAACAGCACAGCAGUAUACCUGUCUUGUGUGUGUGUAUAUACAUGUCUGUGUAUGUGUGUGUAUAUAUGCAUGUCUAUGUAUGUGGGUGUAUGGCUGCAUUUUUAUGAGAUUAUUGAAACACAGGAUCUUUCAUGCAAAGUUCUUGUUCUAAAUGCAAAUCCCGUGAUUCACGUGUGUUGUAGAAAUAUUUGCCUGGCUGUCAUCCGCCCCAACCCACCCACGCAUAGAGCCAUCACAAAUUUGCUGCCAUUGUGUUCCUCCUCUCUCUACAGCAACAGGCACAGUAGAACUUGAGGGUGGAGUCUUGUCCUGACUUGUGUCUCCAUAACAAGGGAUUACAUCUGUUGUAUAAAAGACGUAUCCCUUUCAUACCCAAAGGCACACAGGCCUGGCCUUAACACAUGCACACACCAUUAGGAAACCUACCCAAACGAGAAUCUAAAAGUGAGGGGGAAACUGAAAUAGGGUGGAGCAAGGGAGGAACAGAGAGAGAGUGAGUGGAAAUUUCCUAAGGUGCACAGCCGGGUCUGUCACACCAGUGCGCGUGGCCGCGGUAUGCACGCACACACAGGCAUUCCUCUCUCUGGCAAUCAUUGCCUCUCCUCUCCCUUUUAGUCUGUCUUAGUGUCAGUUUCAGGGUGGCAAUUGGGUUCACUCCAAGCAUUACAGAAAUAGGAAUCGACGUAACUCAAUCAGGAAGUGAUAAUGAAGACAUUAGGCUACAUAAACUCUAUAGGCUACAUAGUUCUUUUUCAAUUGGUCCAAAUAGAUUUAGGGUAUUUAGAGGGGUACCAUCUUAUCCACUACUCUAAUUGUCCCUUGGAAGUGCAGAGAACUGCACUUCCAACUUUAUGCAUUGACUUGAGUCAAUGCAUAAACUUGAGACAGGCUUCCUUUCGGGGUUAUAGCUAAUGGACUUUCGUGAUUCUGAAGUGAAUUGAUAAGAGCUUUUUAAGUCUGGGAUUUUGUAUCCACUGUUCUCUUGGGUUCCCUGAUGCGACUCACUAGUUAGUUUAUAAAUCAAAGAGUGACAUAAGACCCACGGGCACCCACUGGUUUCAUGACCCCCCCAAGUCCCUUCCCUUUAAACUUUUAGAGAAACAUUCAUUCAAAAGGGUGGGGUUAAUAUAUCCAUUAAAUUACUUCUGAAGGGUGAUUGUAUUGCUUCUACUAAACACAAUGUAUAAGCAUGGGAUCCAACAUUAAUGUUCAGCAAAUUGUAUUAUUUUGGAUCUUUGCCGUAUACAAAACCAAUUCAGUAGUGGUUUACAGAUGUCAUUUAUUGUCACUUGUGAUAAUAUUAUCUCACCGCUCUCAAUAUAUACAGUAUGUUGGGAACUGUAGUUAAUAAACGAUAUGUUUCGCAAUGUAACAGCAUAUACUUUUAAGCCACUAUCUUAAAGAAGAUAAUUUUUUGUUUUAAAGUGUAAUUGUUGGCAAGAACUUGAAAUUGCCCAAUUUAUGUUUCGAUGUAAUUUGCACUUUGUACCUUAAUCUUUCAGUCUCAUUUUGGUGUGAUAUUUUUAUCAUUUUUUCCUGGAAGACCAUAUGCAAAUGAACAUUCAGCCUUAGCCACUGGUUGCACAAUCAACAUGCAGGCUAGGUGGGAAAUAUGAGUGUGCUUUUAACACAGGAACUACAAUUCCCACUAACAAAUUGAAAAACAGCAUGGUGUUCAGGACAAUAGGUUUCCCGUCAUGAUUCAGAGCUUGUAUAUAAACUAUUUAUGUCAGUAA